UCGCACUCAACACCAUAAAACAGAAAACAAGUUAUAUAUCAAUCGAAAAAAGAUGAGUCAGGAACAGCCUCGGAGGGAUGAAGAAGGAAUAAAGUACGGAGAUGUAUUCAACGUACAGGGAGAUAUUGGAAGAAGGACGGUGGCGCCGGUGGACGCUGCGAUGAUGCAGAAGGCGGAGACAGAGACGUUAGGGAAGACCCAAAAGGGUGGUGCCGCAUCUGUGAUGAUGUCGGCGGCAAUGAAAAAUGAAAGAGAUGGAAUUGUUGGGCAUGAUGAUGUGAGUGAAGUUGCUGCCGAUGGUGGUGUCAGUGUAACUGAUGAGACAGAUGAUUCGGGGAAUAAAGUUAUCUCGGAGUCCAUCGGUGGACAGGUUCUUCACAAAGUAGACGAAAAGGAAAGGAAAACUGGUAAAUUAGUUGAGGUAGUGGGACAAUUUAGUCAAAAGGGAGCAAUGAAUACGAUGGCAACAGCUUCUCUAGUUGAAGAGACGGGAACUGGAGCUGGUAGAGGGAUAACAAUAGGAGAAGCACUCGAAGCAACGGUUUUGACAGCCGGAAAUAAAGCCGUUGAGUGGAGCGAUGCAGCUGCAAUUCAAGCAGCCGAAGUCAGAGCCACCGGACGCACCAACAUUGUCCCUGGAGGUGUUGCCGCGGCGGCGCAAUCAGCCGCAACUCUCAAUGCUCGAACAACAAAGGACGAAGACAAGACAAAACUCGCUGAUGUUCUCGCGGAUGCGACAUCGAAGUUACCAGCGGAUAGAGCAGCGACGAGGAGAGAUGCUGAAGGAGUGACGGGCGCAGAAAUGAGAAAUGAUCCGUAUCUCACUACUCAUCCUGGAGGCGUCUCUGCAUCAGUGGCAGCCGCAGCUAGGCUUAACCAAAACAAUAAUAACUAGUACUUGCUAUCUAGCUAGCUAAUACUACUGUUUAGUAUAUGUGUAUAUUAGUUAAUGCUUAUGCUUUCCUGCUUAUGCUUCACUUUUACUUGCUUUUAUUGUAAUGAAAAAUCUGAGUUACAAAACAGACUACGCACUCUUAAAAACGGAAGUUUGCAUUUUG